CAUGGCCGCCCGAGUAGGACGCUGUGUGCUAUUUCUGUUAAUUUUUAAUAUAAUCGUACAAGUGGCAAUUAGUGAAACUUAUAAAACAUUACACGGAUAUUCUAGUGAUUUUAGUGAUAGUGGAUAUGGACAUAAUUUAAGGAAAAGAAGUGUAUUUGCCGAAGACCGAAAUGCGGCAUUCGCGGAAGAAACGUCAGAUGUUGUUUUCGAGCGGCAGAAAAGGGAUUUGAUUUUGAAUAAAAUUAAUAUAACGACCAAAAUCAAUGCCCUGAACGAUUCGCACCAGCAAAUGAUGGUCCACUGGGUCGGCGAGUCGAGUGAUGUGAUAAUUUGCUUGUCUCGGGAUUCAACGGCGUCCAAAAUUCAAGAGAAACUUGGUGGCAACCAGUCAAAAUUGGUACCUCCUUCCUCGUCGGUUUAUAUUUCUUAUGACUAUGGCGACACUUUCGUCAAUAAAACUUCAAUGUUUGCUUUGGUCAACGGAUCGAUUGCUUCGAUGGACAAAUAUUACACACAUCCUAAGUUCAAUGCAUAUUUCGUUUUCCGUGAUCUCUACUACAAGGUGUUGUUUGUGACGAGGGACAUGGCUGGAACUUUCAUCAGGCGGGACAUCCCAUUUACACCUUCCGAUUUGUAUUUCCAUCCCGAAGACCCGGAAACAUUUUUGGUGCACGACGAAGUUGAUGAACAGAAAACGUUGUACAUAACGAGAAAUUUUGGAGAAACAUUUACACCCCUACAGAAGUAUGUGAAGUCAUUUGCAUGGUCUUCAGGUUCUUCAUCUGAUGCAUCAAAUUAUUCAGGUGGAUCCAGAAUGACUUCUCCUUUGCCUUUGCUAUUAUAUAUUGAAAGAGCAGAACCAACGGACACAAGUACUGUUCUUACUGUGACCGCAUUAUCCCAGACAAAUGUGUUGAUUGGCAAUGUCCAAGAUUUCUUAGUUAGAGGAGACUUUAUGUUCGCCACCAGGAAAAACAACAAGAGCCCCUUUGUAGUAGCUCAUUUUUCAUCAGAAUUGAGCUUUCUAGCCAUCCAUGUGGCUGAUGUGACAGAUAGAAGACUGAUGGUAGUGGGUGUUCAUGGUGACACUGUAGCUCAUCUCUAUGUUUCUGAGAGCAAUGAAGAUUUCUCUAGAAUUAAUUUUGUUUUAAGCUUAGAAGGCAUUUUGUGUCAUGUUCCAAAUAGUACGUGGACUGACACCUGGCUGAGUGAUAUUGCAGAAGAAUCAUUUGCUGACUUAUACCGUGUUGAGGGUCUUCUUGGAGUCUAUAUUGCGUCCCGCGUUCUUUCUACUUCUACAUUCAAUAACAAUGCCACCAGUAGAGGCAGAACUCAACCAGUUAUAUCACCAGAACAUUUAUCCAGUGUGAUAACCUUCGAUCAUGGUGCCACUUGGCGACCGAUUUCUCCACCGCGACGAGAUGACGAUGGACAUCCAAUCAAAUGCGACACCAACCUGGGAUGCUCAUUGCAUUUGACUCAGAAAUUCAGUCAGUUGUAUCCUGUUACUAGAUCGGUUACAAUACUCAGUUCCAAGUCCGCACCCGGCAUCAUUCUCGCCGCUGGUGUUAUCGGACGCUCUUUAAAAGGUCAUCCUGGUGUAUUUUUAAGUCGAGAUGGCGGCCUUACAUGGAAGCAAAUUCUAAAAGACUAUUAUUUCUUCAAUUUCGGUGACCACGGUGGCGUUUUAGUCGCCGUGAAGUAUUUUAAGACGAGAGGCGAAACGAAACGUCUUUUAUAUUCUACUGAUGAAGGUGAUACUUGGAAGAGUGUCGAUUUCCAUUCAAAGGAUUUGAGAAUUUACGGUUUGAUGACGGAACCAGGGGAGAAUACUACUGUUUUCACUAUGUUUGGUUCAAGCCCUGGUCUACAUCAAUGGCAAAUUAUAAAGGUUGAUUUGGCAGCCGCUUUCGACCGUAUGUGCACGCCGGAAGAUUACAAAUUUUGGGCCCAGGAGGCCUUUCUGGUGUUUCAGAAAUGGCAUGUUCUAUGGGAUCCAAAUCAACGAUACUUAUCAACGGAGGAUUCCAAGGGCUAA